AUGGACCCAAAGAAAGUCGUCGAUGUUUUAGAAUGGACCACACCGAUAAACCUUCGUGAUGUUCAAGUAUUUCUGGGAUUUGCAAAUUUCUAUCGACGAUUUAUUCUAGGAUAUUCGAAAAUUGUUGCUCCGCUUACAGCUUUGACAAAGAAAAACGUUAAAUUUGAAUGGACGGAUGAAAGGGAGGAAGCAUUUCAAACUUUGAAAAAGAUGUUUAUAACGGCACCGAUAUUAGCUCAUUUCAAUCCGGAUCGAAAAAUUGUGAUAGAAACCGAUGCAUCCGACUAUGUUUCAGCAGGAAUCCUAUCUCAACGUGACAACGAAGGAAUCCUACAUCCAGUCGCUUUCUUCUCUAAGAAACACACUCCUGCAGAGUGCAACUACGAAAUCUAUGAUAAAGAACUUUUAGCAAUUAUACGAUGCUUCGAAGAAUGGCGACAUCACCUAGAGGGAGCUCAAUUUCCAAUUGAAGUUCUUAGCGAUCAUCGAAAUCUUGAAUAUUUUAUGACAACAAAAUUGUUAAAUCGUCGACAAGCCCGUUGGUCCGAAUUUCUUUCACGCUUUGAUUUCGUUAUACAAUUUCGGCCAGGAAAACAAGGAACAAAACCAGACGCAUUGACUAGAAGGUCAGGUGACCUACCUAAAGAGGGGGAUGAACGGUUGACGCAUCAGAGUCAAGUGAUUUUGAAGCGAAAAAAUUUGGAUAUUAAGCUAAGUUUGUUCGCGGGUUCUUUGUCAAAUGAAUCCGCUGAAGGAGCGUCUACUGUAGAGAAAUUAUUUUCAAAAGCUUACCAAGUCGAUAGUUUUCCAAAUAAGGUCCUCAACAUGCUUCGGAAUGGCAUACGCCACUCAAACAAAAUCUCGCUUGCCGAAUGUACGGAAGAUAACAACGGUCGGCUGCUUUAUCGAGGCAUGCUAUAUGUACCAGACGACGAUGACCUUCGACUAAGGCUUUUAAAAGAAUACCAUGAUAAACCAUCUGCAGGACAUCCGGGUAGAGCGAAGACUCUGGACCUCCUAAGUCGAGAAUAUUACUGGCCACAGAUGCGGAAAUUCGUCGAUCAGUAUAUUAGGAAUUGCAAUGUGUGCACCCGUAGUAAGGCAUCACACAAUGCACCUUAUGGAGUACUUCGCCCCAUGCCAAUUCCCGAUGGACCCUGGACAGACGUCUCGAUGGAUUUUGUGACUGAUCUUCCUGAGAGUGAUGGGUAUAAUGCGAUUUUGGUCGUGGUGGAUAGACUAACCAAAAUGCGACAUCUAAUACCAACGACCAAAGAGGCAGAUUCAAAGGAAGUAGCGAACCUAUAUAUCGAUCAUGUUUGGAAGCUGCAUGGACUACCAGAUACCAUUGUAUCUGAUCGAGGAACACAGUUCGUUGCAGAAUUCUGGAAGUCGCUUUGUAAUCGGUUGGAAAUAUCACCAAAAUUCUCUACUGCAUUUCACCCCCAAACAGAUGGACAAACGGAAAGAAUCCAUGCCGUAAUGGAACAGUACCUCCGAAGUUAUGUUUCCUACUAA